UUUAUAUUCAAUGCGAAACAGUCCGCUGAGUGAGUCGCCUGAAAGAAACUAAAAGAAAAUAACACAAAUUGUGAAAAAAUUAUAUUCGAGAAAUGUUGCGUGCAUUGAAAGGAGCACAGAAAUGUUUGUGCCUGGCGAACAAAUCAUUUAAUCUGGUGCAAACUAAACUACGACUAAAUGAUGCUCCAACCUUGGCAGCAUCGAUGGCUGUUCGCCACUAUUCGCCACCCACGCAUAUAAAGCAAUCAGCGGUGCCCAACGAAUCCGGCACCAUGGCAGAGGUAAAGCUAGAGAUGAUGAAGCGUCUGGGCCUGGAGCACGGCUAUCAGCCGCUGCCCAAGUCGCGGGAACAUUUGUUGAAGUAUCAACCAAAGCUGGAGGAUUUGCCAACGCGUGCCAUGCAGGAUUCCUUCACAUCAGCCAUCAUUCCGCUGAGUACAGAUCCUGUGCUACAGGACAAGUAUGUGACCUACUUGGGCAAUGUGCGCAUGGGUCGUUUGCUGGAGGACAUGGACAUGUUUGCGGCUUGGUGUUGCCACAAGCAUGUGGUAGUGCCUCAGCUGCCCGCAGAUGUGCACUUGCCCUACACCUUUGUGACCAUACUCGUGGAUCGCAUCGACUUCACCAAUACGCUGGCAUCGGGCACCGAGGAUAUUCGCCUCUCCGGCCAUGUGUCUUGGGUGGGAACCAGUUCCAUGGAGGUGGUUGUUUGGCUGGAACAAAAGCAAAACGGCAAAUACCAGAAACUAACGCGUGCACUCUUCCUGAUGGCAGCUCGCAAUGCAACCAAUACGGCAGCUUCGCCCGUUAAUCAAAUUCAGCCAGCCAACGAGGAGGAGAAAGUGAUUUUGGAUGGUGGCAAAAGUCGCAAACGGAUGCGCCAAUUGCUGUGCGCUCAGUCCAUCUUCAAAGUGGAACCCAAUGAUCCAGAGCAAACGCUCAUGUAUGAGCUGUAUAAACGCACUACGCCCAGCGACACCAUGGAGCUGAACAAACGCAUCUUGCCGCCCAACUGUCGCUGGAUGUCGGAUUCGUAUCAGAUGAGCACGAUUCCCUCGUUCCCAGAGAAUCGCAAUCAUCACAAUCGUGUCUUUGGCGGCUUCCUAAUGCGCACUGCCCUCGAGAUUAGCUGGGCAGCUGCUGUGCUCUACUGCAAGACACGUCCCAAGCUGGAGCACAUUGCUGAUAUUAGCUUCGAGAAGCCGGUGAGCGUCGAUUCGUUCAUCAAGAUGACUGCCUAUGUGGUCUACACCAAGCUCAACUAUGUGCAGAUCAUGACAGUGGCCGAGGUGUUGGAUCCGCACUCUGGCAACCAGGUGACCACCAAUACCUUCUAUUACACCUUUGCGGCACCGGACACUGUCACUGAGGUGUUGCCACGCUCCUAUCACGAGACCAUGUGGUACAUUCAAGGACGUCGCAAGUUCGAAUACAGCAUGGGCUUGAAAUCGAAUUAAGGUUGCUGUUUGCUUAACCAGAAUGAUAAUUAUUAUAUUUGUGUGGCUAUGAUAGAAGAUGCUCCCCGUAAAGUUGCCUCUAGUCAAGUACUCCAAGUCCAUUUAACAAAUACUCCCAAAAGUUGACCCAGUUACCAGUUUACUAGUGUAUAUUAUUCAUUUUUUGAGAGGU